AUCUUAAGAGAAUUCUGCUUUGCCUACGGUUUUCUAAGACACGUUGAUAUGCUCUUUCCAGUAGUACUCGGUUCCAUUUACUAUCCUUACAUCCAAAUCAAAUUCAAUGAAUAUUCUGGAGAACAUAACCUCAUGCGCAGUGAAGCCUUCUCCGCCAUUGAGAACUACCUGAGGUCCAAAGCUUGCGAAGAAGCAAAUCGGCUGCGUGGUUGCGUGACGAACAACCAGUCCCUUGUGCUUAGCAUGGAUGCAAAUGAAAAGGUUGCUGACGAGUUUGAAGGAGCCAAAGUAUGGUGGGCUUUCGGGAAAACCAUUGUUAUGCAACGGAGUUCGUUACACCAUCCAGUUCCUUGUGAGAGGAUGUACUACAAGCUCACUUUUCAUAAGACGCAGAGGGAUCUCAUUAUCGGGCGUUAUAUCGAACAUGUCAUGAAAGAGGGCAAUGCAAUUAAGUUGAGAAACCGGGAAAGGAAGCUUUUUACCAACAGCGGGGUACGUUGGAGCCAUGUUGUGUUUGAGCACCCUGCGACAUUUCAGACACUAGCCAUGGAUCCGGUGAAGAAGCAGGAGAUUAUGGACGAUUUAAUGACAUUCAGCAAAGCGGAAGAGUUUUACAAAAGCAUUGGGAGGGCGUGGAAGCGAGGGUACCUCCUUUAUGGCCCCCCGGGAACUGGGAAGUCAACCAUGAUUGCCGCCAUGGCGAAUCAUUUGGGCUACAAUAUUUACGAUCUUGAGUUGACUUCAGUGAAGAACAACACCGAGCUGAGGAAGCUACUGCUUGAAACAUCGAACAAGUCUCUUAUUGUGAUUGAAGACAUUGAUUGUUCACUUGAUCUCACUGGGCAAAGGAUUAAGAAGAAUGAUAAAGAUAAAGAGGACAAAGAUAAAGGUCAUGGAAAGGAAAACGGAGGACAGGAAAAGGAAGCAAAUAUACUGAGCCAGGUUACUCUUUCAGGGCUUCUGAACUUCAUUGACGGGCUCUGGUCAGCCUGUAAAGGAGAGAGGCUGAUAUUCACCACCAACCAUGUGGAGAAACUCGACGCUGCACUCACUCGAAAAGGACGGUUGGACAAGCACAUAGAACUAUCAUACUGCACCUUUGAAGCAUUCAAGGUGCUCUCUAGAAACUACCUUAAACUUGAAUCCCACCAUUUGUUCCCCACGAUUUGCGAGUUGCUGGGGGAAACUAAUGUGGUUCCAGCUGAUGUCGCAGAGCAUUUGAUGCCCAAGACACUUUCUCAAAGCGCUGACAUCUGCCUGCAGAACCUGGUCCAAGCUCUCAAAAAGGAGAAAAAUAACGGAAAGUUAAUAGCCAAGGAAGAAAGGAAAUACGGAGCAAUCAGCUGGAAGUGCAUGACAAGCACACAAGAUCAUUUGAUAGAAGAUAAAAAGAGAGCCAAAAAUUAGGAUUUAAGAAUCGGAUCCUCUAAUGCUAUGUUUGUUUAUGUAAGUGUGAUGUUUGUGUACUAUAUUUUCCACCUUAUAUAAUUUCCUCAUCAUCUUUUCUAUACAAGCAGUAUGAGGAUGUGAGGGAACCGAACUCAGAAUCCCGAGUUCAAUGAGCGAAUGCUCGUAGCAGAUGAGCUACAAAGUUUACAAACCCUUUUUCUUGUAUAUGUUCUAC